AUGUUCAAAUCGGUCACCCGCCUAAAGGUCCCCGCUUUCCCCCACCAAUCCCUCAUAUCAACCUUCCAAUUCCACCACUUCACAUCUCAAUCCUACAAAAUGUCCAAGGAAUUCCUCUGCAUCCUCCCCGACAAGCCAGGCGUGCACGCCAAGCGCAUGGAAGUCCGCCCUUCCCACCUCGAAGGCGUCAAGCCACACGUUGCAUCGGGUGCUAUCGUUGCAGGUGGUGCCAUGCUCAAUGCUCACCCCGCUGAAGGCGAAACCCCCUCCUUCAAGGGCAGUAUGAUGAUGGUUGUGGCGGAGAGUGCGGAGAAGGCACUGGAGCUGCUUAAGAAGGAUAUCUAUACGGUUUCUGGGGUUUGGGAUCUGGAGAAUGCGCAGAUUAUUCCGGUAUGUUUGGGUUGGGGUUGGGGUUAUGGAUGUUGGCUGACGUGCUUUUUAGUAUAA